AUGCAAGUAUGUGAACCAGAACACAUCUUCGAUGAAAGCGAACCUACGGCCAAAGAGGUGAGAGAUGUCAUCCAGAAAGCAAGAGCAGCAUCAGCGCCAGGACCAAAUGGCAUUCCAUAUAAAGUUUACAAGAACUGCCCAAGGCUGACAAGACGUCUAUGGAAACAUAUCCGGGUCAUUUGGAGAAGAGGUCGCCUGGCAGACAGCUGGAAUCAGGCAGAGGGCUGCUACAUCCCCAAGGAGGAGAAUUCCAAGAACCUGUCGCAGUUCCGAACUAUAUCACUCUUGAACGUAGAAGGGAAGAUCUUGCUCUCAGUAAUGGCUAACCGCAUGACAAGAUACAUGUUGGACAACAACUAUGUGGACAUAGCAGUGCAGAAAGGGGGAGUCCCAAGUGUAUCAGGCUGCACUGAGCACACAAGCGUUCUCACUCAAAUUAUUAGGGAGGCCAGAGAAGGAAAAGGGGAGUUAGCUGUUAUUUGGUUAGAUCUUGCCAAUGCCUAUGGAUCGAUGCCACACAAACUUGUGCAGCUAACCUUGGAGAAGUAUCAUGUUCCAGCAAAGACAAGACAUCUAUUAGAGGAAUAUUUCAACAGACUGGAGUUGAGAUUCUCCAUUGGAGAUUACACAACCUCAUGGCAACGACUAGAAGUUGGUAUAGUCACUGGCUGUACAAUCUCAGUCAUACUAUUCGCAGCAGCUAUGAACCUACUGGUGAAAUCAACAGAGAAGAUAAGUAGAGGCCCAUGGAUGAGAGCAGGCAUACGUCAACCACCAGUGCGUGCAUUCAUGGAUGAUAUGACAAUCAGUACUAAGACUGCAAUCGAAGCAAGAUGGACACUCAAAGAAAUAGAACAGCUUAUCAGUUGGGCUAGGAUGAAAAUCAAACCAUCAAAGUCUAGAAGUCUGGUGCUGAAGAAAGGAAGGGUGACAAACUACGACUUCCAGCUUGGACAGGAGAUAAUCCCAUCAGUCUCAGAGAAGCCAGUGAAAUGCCUGGGGAAGUAUUUUGAUGACACACUGAGGGACACCAAGAACACAACCAACACUGUAGAACAACUACAACAGUGGAUGGACGCAAUAAACAAAAGUGGACUGCCAGAAAAAUACAAAACUUGGAUAUACCAGCAUGGAGUACUCCCUCGGAUUGUGUGGCCUUUGCAGGUGUACGAUGUACCAAUGUCCUGGGUAGAAGCUAUGGAACGCCUGACUACAAAAUUCCUUCGCCGAUGGCUAGCAAUACCACAGUGCUUUAGUAGCGUGGGACUCUACAGUGUAGGGACUAAACUACAAUUACCGCUAUCAUCUCUUGUCGAAGAAUACAAGGUUACCAAAGUGCGACAACAUCUAACACUUAGAGACAGUAAAAAUGAGAAGGUGCGCGGAGCCAGGGUGAAUCUAGAAGCAGGCAGGAAGUGGUCUGUUCAAGACACAGUCCGGGAAGCAGAGUUACGCCUGAAGCAAGCAGACAUUGUGGGAAAUGUAGCAGUCGGAAGACUGGGCCUGGGAACAAUUACAUCAACCAGAUGGAGAACAGCAGGCAAAGGAGUGCAAAGGAAGCUAGUGCAAAAGGAAGUCCGGGUGAUGGAGGAAGACUCAAGAAUGGUUAACGCAGUAGGCAUGAAGAAACAAGGAAGCUGGGUGAAUUGGGACGCAGUAAGGCAGAGGAAAGUGACCUGGAAUGACAUAUGGUCGAUGGAGCCAAACAGAUUGCAGUUUCUCCUAAGAUCAGUAUAUGAUGUGCUACCAAGUCCAACAAAUUUGUCAGUAUGGGGCUUAACUGAUGACCCAAAUUGCAAACUUUGUGGAAAACCAGCAAAUUUGGAGCAUAUAUUGUCAUCAUGCUCCGUAGCAUUGUCUGAAGGCCGAUAUACAUGGCGGCAUGACCAGAUACUUUCGGUGCUUGCAGACUCUCUCGAAAAAGCCAGGAAGAGACCACCACCAAAGGACAAGCGGCUCAAGUUGAUCAACUUUGUAAGAGCAGAAGAGAGGGAGAAGACAGGCAGCACUGGGGAGGGAAGAGGACUUCUUGGCACGGCAGGAGACUGGCAAAUGCGAGCUGACCUGAAAACCAGAAUGCAAUUCCCAACGGAAGUAGCAUCCACCAACAAGCGACCUGACAUAGUGAUCUGGUCUUUGGCAAGUAGGCAGGUCAUUAUAGUGGAGCUGACAGUUCCUUGGGAGGAGAAAAUGGAAGACGCAUAUGAGCGGAAAAUGGGAAAAUAUCAGGAGCUGGUGGCAGAUUGUCAGGAGAGAGGGUGGAGAGUAUGGUGUUUCCCAGUGGAGGUUGGCACGCGGGGCUUUGUUGGACAAUCCUUGUGGCGAGCCCUGAGAGUCAUCGGAGUUAUUGGGUUAGAGAGAAGACAGCUCAUAGGGCGACUAAGCAGAGAGGCAGAAAUAGCAUCGCUAUGGUUGUGGAGAAGAAGAGAGGGGCAGUGGGGAAGACAGUGA